UCCUGUUGUGCAACUUUCUGGAGCCUCUGGGGCAGAGUGUCCCCCUGUAGCUGUGCCAGGAGCCACAGAGCAGUUGGAGUCAGUGCGCAUGAAGGAUGAGAAAGGCCAGGCUCUGGAGGCUGCUCUGGAUGCUCUUCAUCCCAGAAAUCCAAGCUGUCGCUGAAGUAUAUGAGGAGAAAUGUACUCUAGCAGAGGGGCAGACCUUGACCGUGAGCUGUCCUACCAAUACCAACAUGUAUUCCCAAAACCAGAAGGCUUGGCAGAGGCUGAAAGAUAACGGGGAGGUCCAGACACUGGCAAUCACAGAGGGGUCCAGUCAAGUCCAGGUGGGGAAGUACUUCCUAGAAGACAUCCCCAGGGAAGGCAUGCUGCAAGUCCGAAUGAUCAACCUUCAAGUGGAGGACUCAGGACUGUACCAAUGUGUGAUCUUGAGACCCGGCGACCCCAUCAUCCUGUUCCACCCUGUCCGCCUGGUGGUGACCAAGAGUUCUUUGGGACCCCCUGCCUCAGAUGACUAUCCUUGCCAGACGUCUGUUCAGAAUCCCACCCUUCCUCCCAUCACCACCAAGCUCCGUCCCAGGCCCAGGACUGUGACCCAACUCAUCCUCACAUCAACUAAUAGCCUCUCCUCUUCUGGUUUCAUAGUCACUCCCACAAAUGUGACACAUGUCACCAGGGCCCCUGGGAUCAGCAUCGUCAUUCCUGCGGCGUGUGGAAUCCUGAGUAAGACCCUGGUCUUCAUCGGUCUGUUUGCUAUCACGCAGAGGUCAUUUGCAUCUUAGCCACAGGAAUCUACAAGAAUGAUCUCCGACCUCCAUCCGUGUCCACCUGGCAGUUGUGCCUGAAGAGGGGUGUAAGGGGAAGAGGCGGGGGUCAGUGACAUGAGCUGAUCUGUAACUCAGGUGACGUCUAAGGCUCAGGAUCCCACCUUCUUGGCCCUGCUAACUCCCCUCUUUUAACUGAUAACCUUGGACGUGCUUUGUCCCCUCACAAGAGAAGAUACGGCCCCAAACCUGCUCAUUCCACCGGCGGCUCAGGGUUUGCAUUAAAUAAAGACACUCUCUGGGACUUUCCUGGUGGCCCAGUGGCUAAGUCCGAGUUCCCAAUGCAGGGGACCCCCUGGGUUCCAUCCCUGUCAGGGAACCAGAUCCCACAUGCUGCAACGAAGGUGGAAAAUCCCAUGUGCUGCAACUAAGACCUGGCACAGCCAAAUAAACAAAUAACUAAAUAAAUAAAUAUUAAAAAUGAAGACACUGCCUGAUGCUUUUCACUGUCAAGGUCUGUGGGGAUCAUGAGGCACAGAGGCUACAGCUGCUAACUCUCCCUGGACCACAACAUUUUGGCUUGAACUGGACAGAGUUCCCAGUACAGAGGCAUCUUGUUCUCUCAGCUGCCAGGGCUGCCCUCUCCUCUAGAAUCAGAUGUUUCGAUUUCUCCCCUUCAUUUAUGGCCUUUUCCAACACUCCUAGAAGAUUGUUGAAAACCAUGGAGCAAAGAGAAGAUGAGAUGUCAUGGGUUUCUCAACUGCAAACUGACAAUCAAGCCUCCUCAGGGAAGAUGGAAAACACCCAAGUGAGGCAACAGCCUCCAGUAAAUGGAAAAGAUGCUGAAGCGACCAAUGCACAGUGGAUCCAGGGAGCGGGAUGAAGUGGAGGGGGAGGGCUCUGGGGGUGACCAUGGCAACUGCUGCUGCUGCUCCGGGUCUCAGUCUCUUCUGUUCCUGGGAUACUGACAUGAUCAUUCAUUACACAGUGACAUCUGGAAAAUUCAGCUUCCUUGGCAGCCAAAUGCUGACUUUGAAGACUUGAGUGAUACAGUCACUAGCUGCAGAAUGUUGGCACUACCAGAAGCUGGAGGAGGCAAGGACCAGCUUCUUUCCUAUAGUCGCUGAAGACGCUGCAGCCCUACUAAUACCUUGAUCUUGGUUCAGUGAUAUUGACUUCAGACUCCUGGCCUCCAGGACUGCGAGAGAAUACAUUUCUACCAUUUUAAGUCAUCACAUUUGCAGUAAUAGGAAACUUAUUCAGGGUGUGACUGCUCAUGGACAUGGGUGAUGAAAUGUUCUGAAACUGGAUUGUGGUGAUGGUUGCACAACUCAGUGAAUAUCCCCCAAACCACUGGAGUGUACACUCUAAGUGUGUCAAUUUUAUAAUGUGUGAAUUAUAUCUCAAUAAGACUGUUAAAAAAUCUUUGUGACCUUGGGUUAAGCAAAGAUUUCUUAGAUAUAACACCAAGGUAUGAUAAAUAAAAAGUGAUAUAUUGGAGACUCCAUAAAAAUUUACAGCCCUUGCUCUUGAAAGAUACUAUUAAGAAAAUAAAAAACACAGAUUGGGAAAAAUAUUUGCAAAACACAUAUUUGAUACAAGACCUAUUAGACUAUAUAAAGAGUCCUCAAAUUCAAUAAGAAGAAAACAAACAAAUAAAAAAUUAAGAUUUGAACAGA